AUCAAUCUUUGCCUUUCUUUUCUUUCUUCCUCUCAUCUCUCAUCUCUCACUUUAAAGAUUACGAACACAUUUAUUUCGCGGCUUUCCCUCUCUCUUCCAGUUGGAGCCGACCCAACACAACGUGAGGCAAACAUCUACCACACAACACAACCAUAUUCAUAUAUAGAACACAGUUCUUUCGAAUCGGAUCCAUAAUUCAGCUCAGCUCACUUCAUCUCUGCUCCGAUCUCCGAUGACCAGACGCCCGGAAGUUUUGUGGGCGAUGCUUCUUCUCUUAGCAAACGCAGCUCUGGCCGACGUACAAGAGUUCGUUUACCACGGUUUCAAAACCGGCGGCAUGAGCCUGACCGGCGCCGCAGGGAUCGAGAAGAACGGCGUCCUCAAGCUCACCAACGACACGCACUUGGCCAUCGGCCACGCCUUCCACCCGUUCCCCAUAGCCUUCAAGAACUCCUCCACCGGAAAAGCCUACUCCUUCUCCGCGGCCUUUGCCUUCGCGGUCGUGCCGGAGUAUCCCGAUCUCGGCGGCCAUGGCUUCGCCUUCGUCAUCUCCCCGUCCAAAGAGUUAGCUUGCGCCUUUCCGCGGCAGUACCUGGGGCUUUUCUGCCCCAACAACAAUGGCAAUUUCUCCAACCACUUGUUGGCCGUUGAAUUCGACACUGUUCAAAAUUUCGAGUUCAGGGACAUUAAUGAUAACCAUGUCGGCAUCGACGUCAAUGGCAUGAUCUCGAAGGCUUCGGCCCCGGCAUCGUAUUUCAUCGAAGGGAAUUUGACCAGACAAAAGGUUAAUCUCAUGGAUGGGAAGACGAUUCAGGCGUGGAUCGAUUACGAUUCUGCUAGAAAUAAACUGAACGUCACCAUUUCACCUUCUUCGACGAAACCCAGCUCCCCAAUUCUGUCAUUUCCAGUCGAACUCUCCGAAAUCCUCGAAGAGAGAAUGUUUGUGGGCUUCUCUGCUUCCACUGGUCUGCUGGCCAGCCACCAUUAUAUCCGAGGAUGGAGCUUCAAGAUCAACGGAGAAGCUCAGCCUCUUGAUCUUUCUUCUCUUCCUUCUCUUCCGAGGAAGAAACACAGCCGCCUAGUCUUGGCAAUUGGAGUUUCUUUCUCUGUUUUUGCUGUGAUUGUCUCUGCAGUUGGGAUGGUUUUUUAUUUCAGGAUCAGAAGGGUGAAGAAAACGGACAGGGUUGAAGAUUGGGAGCUUGAUAUUGGGCCGCACAGACUGUCUCACAAGGAGCUCAAGCAGGUGAUGAGAGGCUUCGGAGACGAGGAUCUGCUUGGCUUCGGAGCAUCUGGUCGAGUUUACAGAGGGACGCUACCAAAUACGAACACCCAGGUCGCGGUUAAGCGAAUUUCGCACGAUUCGAAAGAGGGUUUUCAUGAAUUCGCGUCGGAGAUCGCCACUCUUGGCCGGCUUCGCCACCGGAAUUUGGUUCCUUUGCUAGGGUGGUACCGGUGUGGAGGUGAAUUGCUGCUUGUCUAUGAUUACAUGCCGAAUGGAAGCUUAGAUAAGUACAUUUACAACGAAGCGAAAAGAAUUUUGAGAUGGGAAGAGAGGUUCAAGAUCAUCAAAGGCGUAGCCUCUGGAUUGCUGUACUUGCAUGAAGAAUGGGAAGAGACGGUGAUCCACAGAGACAUCAAAGCCGGCAACGUGUUGCUAGACUCGGAGUUCAACGGCCGGCUGGGGGAUUUCGGGCUGGCAAAACUGUACAAGCACGGGUCCGAUGCGAGCACGACCCGAGUGGUGGGCACGCUCGGGUACCUGGCGCCGGAGCUCACCCGGACGGGCAAGCCGACGGCGAGCUCCGACGUGUUCGCCUUCGGAGCGCUGUUGCUGGAAGUAGUGUGCGGGAGGAGACCGAUCGAGGCUAAGGCGCUGCCGGAGGAGCUUUUUUUGGUCGACUGGGUGUGGGAGUGGUGGCGGGAGGGGGCCCUGCUGGACGUAGUGGACCCAAGAUUGGGCGGCAAGUAUAACGAGGCUGAGGUUUUGGUGGUGCUGAAGCUUGGGCUGAUGUGCUCAAACAAUGUGCCAGCCAAUAGGCCCACCAUGAGGCAGAUGGUGAGCUACCUCGAAGGGGAGGUCGAGCUGCCGGAGAUGCUGCUGCCGGCGGGAAGAAGGUAGCUAACAGAGAAAUUUUAGUUCAGCAAUUGUCACAAGGGAUCUUGGCUUUAAACCACCUGGGCUGAAAUGGAAAGGAAAGAAUGCAAUAACAACCAAUCAACUUCAAC